AUGCUGUCUCAGAGUGAACAGACUCCUUUGAUUAGACCCCCCCUGAAAGGAUCACAAUACGAGGGUAGAAGCACAACUCAGAAUUUACAAGGCCGCAAGACAACAUCGAAAAUUGCUAAUAACUCCAAGCUUGGCCUUCAAAGGCUUAGCAGAACAACCCAGAAGCUCAAACUCUUGCCCGAAGAUCCUCCCGAUCUCGGGUACGAGCGAAUUAAACUCAAUCCUGAGAACUACUCAGAAAAUCAUUCACGGGAUGGUGGUGUGUACUCACAGGUGACACGCAUAACUGACAAGCCAGCAAGAAAGGACGCCGAGAUUCUUGGAAAGCUGCACAGGGAUCUUCUACCUCGAGUAACCGCUUACUGCACAGCAGGCUCGUAUAAGAUGAAAGAUCUUCUUCGCUGGCUCAAGGAUAAGAAAAGAAUUCAUAACACAAUGCCCAAACUUUUUGAUGAAUGCCUCUAUACGCCAUUCACAUACAAAGACUGGAGAAAUGAUUCUGACGAUGGAGGUAAGACCCUAAUUCGCCUCGCUGAUGAUGGUGGUGAGAUUGAAUUCGGUAAGCAAAACGACAUUUUCAUCUUCGAAUAUGGUGUUGUUAUAAUGUGGUGUUACACGCGUAAGGAAGAGAUGGCUUUUUUGGAAGACCUUGCUCGUUUUGAAAGUGAGAAACUUUCUUCAGAAGAUGUUCAAGUGGAGGAGUUCAAUUACUACAUCACAACGUCGUAUCAGCCACGAAUCUACAAUGAUUUCAUAACGCUUCGAGAUGACGCAAACUACAUGCUAAAGCUAUCGAUAUCUCAUGCAUUGGCACAAUCAGUGAAAAUAUCGUUGUUCGAAGAACUCGUUGAUAAUACCAUUGAAGACACACAAGACAUUCCUCAACAAAUAGCUCACACAGGCAAGGUAGAAAUGACCAGAGAUGAAAUCAUGAAGUCAAUAGGGGAACUUUUUAUUCUCCGUAUCAACAUCAAUCUCCAUGGAUCAGUUUUAGAUUCGCCAGAGCUCAUGUGGGCGGAACCUCACCUUGAACCAAUAUACCAGGCAACACGCGGUUACUUGGAAAUAAAUCAAAGGGUGGAAUUACUAGAACAAAGGCUAGAAGUAAUCUCGGACUUGCUACAGAUGCUUAAAGAACAGCUCGGACACUCACAAGAAGAAAACCUAGAGUUUGUUGUUAUAGUAUUGGUAUGCAUCGAGGUUCUAGUCAGUGUUGUCAAUGUAAUUGUGGACUUCUUGACAUUUUAG